ACUUUUAUGAAACCAGCUAUUUAUCGAUCUAACAAAGAAAAUCUUCCUGCCAUUUUCUUUGAUAUGGAAUGUGGAAGAAUUCAAAUUUUUCGUGCAACGAUUCCUAACGUUUAAUUGAAAAGAAAACGAUGCAACGAGCUAAAAGGAAAAAGGUAAAAGGCAAAGGUAAAAAAGCAAAGAAAGUGAGGAAGAGAUGUUUGAACGAAAGGGAAACUUUAUCGUACGAGCAAGAAAUAUUAGAAAACAACAGACAAUUGGCACGAUUAAGAAGUCGAAACGAAGAACUGGAAGAGGAAGCGGAAGUUGCUGAAGGGAAACUCCGCCAACUUGAGGAGGACCGUUCGGAUGUGAUCGCACAUCUGAAGAGAAACUUGGAAGAGAAAAUCCAAGAAGCGAAAGAACUUAACGAACGACUCACAGCGUUGGAGGAAUUACGGAAGGAUGAAUUGGCUGCGUACAAGAAAAAAGAAGAAGCAAUGGAACUUGAAUAUCGCAACAUGGAGAACAUCCUUAGCGCAGAAGUUAAAUUGUCUGCUGGUAAAUUAAACGCCCUGGAAGAUUGGCGACUGGCGCGUCUUGAUUUAAUGGUAAAGUAUGAAAAGCAAGAGGAAGAAAUGGCCGAGCAAGAGGAGCGCCACAAGGAAGCGCUUUAUGAAGCUGAAAAAUCCGUAGUAAUCGGGAAAGCGACGAUGCAGAAGGAAAUGAAUGAACGUUUGCAAAUUCUAUCCGAAGAGCUUCGAAAAUCAACGACUCUGCGUAUGGCGGAAAUUAUGCACCGUGCAAUUAGAGAAAAUGUCGCGUUAAAUAGAGAGCUUGACAACAUGUUGAAGAUCAAUAAGGAGCUAGAAAGUGUUAGCACCGAACGCAGGAAAACGGAAGAAACGUUGAGACUGAAGAGUCAAUUGUUUGAAACUGAGUCAAAGAUUACACUGAAAAAAGUUUUGAAACAAAGAGAUGUUAUUCACAAAAUAGCAAACGAUUUUCAAGAUCUGUUGAUACGUUAUACAGAAGCAGAGAAAUACAACACUCGAUUUGCGGGUUUACAAAAGAUUCUAGAUGAUAUUAUUGAAGAAACUAACGAGAAGAAAGAUAAACAAAUUCAAGCUCUCAAAACAGAUAUUGCAAUGGCUAUGAAUUACAGGCAGCAUUUGUUAGCAGAGAUUCAGGAAAAGGAAAAACAAGUGGAAUCACUGAAGGGUAUUCUAAACCGUGUGAAAAGCCUGCUUGAUGAGGCUUUACAAGUUACAGAAGAUGCUAUUAAUAAACAGCAAUGCAUUGAUUGUAUAGGUGAAAAAUUGUUGCAUUCUCUGUACGACAUAUUACAAACUGAAAAUCUUAUUAAUGUGAUAGAGUAUACUCCAUCAGAGAUUGAAAACAUUGAUUGUCAAUACAGAACAGGUUAUUUAGGCUUUGUUGAGCCUUUGAAACCCUGUAAAGACUGUGGAAAACAAGAAACAGAAUCAGAUGUUGGAGAUUCAGGAGAAAAAGUAUCAUUGGAAGAUUUGGAACAAAGCGUACCGUCUUGUCUAUUAAGCGUUAUUAGUUCUAGUAUUACAUCUCCAAAAGAAGAAUAAAUUAUUGGUUUUGAAUAAUGUAAUAAAGUGCAUGAUUUAGAAAUUGUAUAGCGGUUUAAGCCAGCGGAGGGGAAGAUAUCACCGCGAUUGCACUUCGUCUUAGGGGACCAAAAAGUUUUGGUUAAAAAUUAUCAAAUCUUAUAAUUUUCGACCUGAAACAUUCGAAAAUGCAAGUUAAAAGUUUAGGAAACCACUUGUUUAAAAAAUACGAUUAUAUGUAAAAAGUGUAUUUAGCGUACUUUGAUAGGUUAGUACGACGCCAUAUUGCUUCCACCCAUCUUCUGAUUGGUUCGUACAUAAAUUCGAAAUCUGUUCAUACCGACUCAUAUCGACCGCCGUAAGGCGGCCGAUCACAUUAAUGUGAUAUUAAAUAAAUGUUUUGUACAUCCUUUAAUUAUAGCUAGAACCCACAUGCAAAAAAUCGAAGCUAACUGGCGACCGGCAAAAGAUUGGAUGCGUGGAAGAAGUCGCUUCCAUGAUGAAGACUUUGCCGAUCGCCUAUGUGAAUUUUUGUGGCGUAGGUUUUAUAAAAUUAACCAAAUACAUCUUAUGGAUUCUUUGAUUGCAGCAAUCAAGGAAUAAUAUGUUUUUAAAUAAGGUAAGCGGAAGUUACAGUCAUUUCAGCGAGCCAAUCAAAGAAUGCGGAUAAACAAUAUGGCGUCGUACUAACCUGUCAAACAUUACUAUAUAAAUACAUAGACAUUUUUACACAAUUUCCCGAACUUUUCUUUUGUAUUUUUUGAUAUUUCGGGUUGAAAACUAUAACAUUUGAUAUUUUGGAACCACUAAUUUUUGUUCCCCUAAAACGAAGUUUGACUUUUUCUCAAAUAAAUAAUUGUCAAACAGUAAACUUUACUGUAAUAGGCAUUCAGCCAUUUUUUAUCGUACAUACAUAAUUACAUACCUUCAUUAGUACAAAACGCCAUCUGCAGGUGAAAUAGACAUGUGGGUUUAAUUUUGACACUUGAUAAAGGUUAUUAUUAAUAUUUGUUUCCUAAAAAUAGAAAUAAAUGAAAAGGAAAGAUAAGAAAUAUGCCGCAUAAAAAAAGCCAGGGAAGGUUGGGGUAAAAAGAUCAAAGAAAAGGAAAAAGAGA